UGCCGAAAGCGGCGCUGCGGCGGCCGAAGAAGUGCGGGGCGCGGAGCACCGUCGGGAGGCCUCGAUUUGCCUCGCUCGGGAGUCAAGGAGCAAGGGGCCGUUCGGGCCUUUUCCCGGUUCGCUUCACCUCUCGCCGGCAGGGCGGGGGUUUGAGAUAAACCCGGCGCGGGCCUGGCCGUGGCCCUGCAAGGCUGCACGCCCUGCCGAGAGCGAGCCUGGAGCGGGGGAGAAAGGCGAUCCCGCCCCGCGGGCCGAGAAUAUGCCCGCAGGCGGCCGCCCGCGGGGGCAGGGCCUCCCUCCGGGCGUGCGGGGUGCACAACGUCUGCCGCCUCCUCACCCGCAGGGCCCACGGCUUCUAUGCCAGAGAUGCUGGUGUCGCCCACAGGAAGAACCUGGGACUCCUCAGGAAGAUCAUGUGUCAGGAAAGUACUAAAUUCAAGAAUGUUUGGACAACUCAUUCUGCAUCUCCUAUUGCAUAUGAAAGAGGGAGAAUUUACAUGGACAAUUACCAAUGCUGUAUUACCAGCAUUGCACAACAGCCACGACUAAUUUAUCAAAAGUCAAAGUGUGCCAAGACUGAAAAAAUAGAAGAUGCUUUAUUACUGGAGUGUCCACUGGGGGAAAUGCUACCACGUCCUUCAGAUUAUAAAGCUUCCCUGAUAGUCUUGACAGUGCAGAACUGGCUUCUACGUCUCUCUGCUGAUAGUGGAGAAGUACUAGAAAAAGUGUAUCUUGCUGGUUCCUGUUGCAAAUUCUUCAGGUAUCUGAGCUGGGAUACCCCUCAAGAGGUAAUGAUUGUAAAGUCAGCUCAGAAUAAGCUCCCUGCAGCAGCACGGCAGGCAGGAAUCCAACAGACUGUGUUGUUUUAUCUUGCUGUGUUCCAAGUUUUGCCUCUUUCAUUCAUUGGAAUGCUGGAAAUAAACAAAAAGAUUUUUGGUAAUAGUGUGACAGAUGUUGCUGUUUCUAAUGGAAUUCUGAUUGUAAUGUAUAGCAUGGGUCUGGUCAGACUCUAUAACUUCAAGGCCAUUUUGGAACAGUUCAUGGAACAACCAUUUGAUUUGGGACAAGAAUUCAACUGGAAUGGUCAGGUGGGAAUUGUAGGAAAGUAUCCAUUUGGUCUUCCAUGUAACAUUAAAAUAACAGAUACCCCACCUUUGCUAUUUGAAGCAUCUUCUCUGGAGAAUGCAUUUCAAAUUGGAGGUUACCCUUGGCAUUAUAUCAUCACACCUAACAAGAAAAAACAUAAAGGAGUCUUCCAUAUUUGUUCUCUGAAAGACAAUGCUUUGGCAAAAAAUGGUAUACAGGAUAUGAAAUGCUGUUCACUUGAACCUGACUGGAUAUAUUUCCACCCAGAUAUGUCAGGUAGAAUAAUCCACGUGGGACCAAAUUUGAUAAAAGUCUUAAAGCUUAAGGAAGUUAAAAAUCAUGCAGAUCAAAUGGAAAUUGCAGAAGAUUUUACAAUCGUAGCCAACAGAGAAAACUGUGUGAACAACAGUGUUACUGUAACAGCUUCUGGUCGAGUGGUGAAAAAGCGUUUUACUUUGUUGGAUGAUGACCCAGAACAAGAGGUAACUGAUACAUUCAAAAUUGUGGACUAUGAAGAUGAAUUGGAUUUAUUAUCCACUGUGGCAGUUACUCAGAUAGGAGCUGAUGGAAGAGCUCACCUUGACUUCCACUGCAAUGAACAUGGCAUUCUACUUAAGAGUAUUCCAUUAAAGGAGUCCUGGGAUGUGACUUACAGUCAUGAAGUUUACUUUGACAAAGACCUCGUAUUACAUAUAGAACAGAAGCCUAACAGGAGAUUCAGUUGUUAUGUUUACCAGAUGGUAUGUGAUACUGCAAGAGAUGAUGAUCCUUAAUGCUAUAAAAAAAAAACCAGAAAGUGUUUUGUAAAAAAAGGAGGGAGAACUUUUGUAUAUAUUUAAGCCAUAAACACCAGCUACAGAGACUUUUGGAUGCUAUUUAAGGAUUCCAUACAUAGUAAUCAACUGUUGUUUUUCUGGCUGGAUUUAAUCUUAACAUUUUGUACUACUACAUAAAGUCUUGUUUCUUUUUUCUUUGUGACACUGUACACUUGCUUGUAGCUCAUACAUCGCUUUUCAUGUAUUCACCAGUUCAUCAUUAAUGCUAGAUGCAGGAUUUAUUGCUUCUCUUCAGCAAUAGGACUGAAAUACUGGGCAUCAAGGAGAAAGACAUGGAUUUACUUACUAUCUACCAUCUGCUGUGAUAUGUCUUAUAUAGUUUUACCUAUGCAACUGUAAUACAAACUCUUAAUUAAUCAAAGUAUGUAAAACUAUCUAGGAUAAAUUUUCUAUGUAGUAUGAAAAUUGUAGUGCUACCAUUAAACCACUUAGACAAAAUCCUUCUCUUGGUUUUGUGUGAGAAAUAAAAUCACUCAGGUUU